AUGGAUCUGAAGGCACUCCUCAUCUUCACUGCAUUGCUGCUACAGGCUACCUUGGCUUUUCCUAUUCAGGAGAACUAUGAGAAUAGCACAACAACAACAGAACCUACUCAGGUUACUCUUACUACAGAAGAGGAUAUAUAUGAAUCAGAUCCAACUGCAGAGACAGACUCCGAGGAGGAAGUUAUUUUUAACAGAAUUCUGAAAGUUAACAAAGACAGCUCUCAGCUCUUGCAGGAAGGUGACAUAGUUCCACAGAGGAGCCGCAGUGCCAUCAACUGUCGAAAUCGCCAUUGCAAUUGGCCCCAGUCCAGUGAUGGGAUUGUCCGUGUUCCCUACGUUUUGGAUCCUACUUAUGAGGAGCACCACAUAAAGGCAAUUCAUGAUGCCAUGGCAGAAUUUGAAACACUGACUUGUAUUAACUUUGUGCAGCGCAAGACAGAACGUGACUAUCUCAGCAUCAGAUCUGCUGAUGGCUGCUGGUCCAACUAUGGAAAAGUAGGUGGUGGACAGACUGUCUCUGUGAUGAAAGGAGGCUGCAUGUGGAAAGGAAUAAUUCAACACGAGCUGGACCAUGCCCUGGGAUUUUUGCAUGAACAUUCUCGGAGUGACAGGGAUAAAUAUGUAAAGAUUAUGUGGGAGUACAUCAGCAUGGCUGACAGAGCAGACUUCAGGAAAUUUGAAAACUCCAAUAACCUGGGUCUUCCAUAUGACUAUUCCUCAGUAAUGCACUACGGCCCACAUACAUUCACUAAUACCACUGGGAAGGCAACUAUUGUACCAAUUCCUGAUGAAUCUGUACAUAUUGGACAGAGACAAGGACUGAGUAACUUGGAUGUGGCCAAAAUCAACAAGCUCUACAACUGUAGUCGCUGCAGCACUAUUCUUGAUACACCAACUGGGUCACUGAAAUCUGCCAAUCACCCAAGAAAUUACUCAGAUAACACAAACUGUGUCUGGCUCAUCCGAACCCGAUCCAGAAGGAUUUCCUUGCACUUUCAAGCCUUCGACCUGCAGACAACCAGAGGAUGUCAGGGUGAUUACAUUAAAGUUUAUGAUGGAGCUAGCAAAUCUUCUGCAGUUCUAAUGGACAAAACGUGUGGAUCAAAGAUACCCAAUGACAUAGUUGCUUCUGGCAAUCUUAUGCUCAUAGAGUUUGUCACUGAUGGUGUUGAUACAGCUUCUGGUUUCCAAGCCAUCUUUACUUCUGUAAGGGUGCAAAGAAGACCUAACAGACACAUCUGA